CCCUCUCUGAGUGAUUCCCUGUUAUUGUUGGAAGGGGGGGCUUUUUGUAGGACUGGGCCCCGUUUUUUGCGUGGCGACAGAGACUUUAUCUUUGAGAUCUUCCUGAUCUGUUGUGGCAGGAGGGGUUCCCUUUGGGCGGCCCAGAGGGGCUCCCCCACCCACUGCUCCCUGGCUGCAUGAGUGCCCAAGGCAGGAGGCCCUGAUCCGCGGUGGGCCGCUCUCCCCAUGGCUCCUUCCCGGCGCUGCUGAGAUUCCCGGGGCGAGGAGCGGGGCCCGGCGAUGAGUCUGGUGGGGGGCUUCCCGCACCACCCGGUGGUCCACCAUGAGGGCUACCCCUUCGCCGCCGCCGCUGCUGCCGCCGCCGCUGCCGCCGCUGCUGCGGCCACGCGGUGCGGCCACGAGGAGAGCCCGUACUUCCACGGCUGGCUGAUCAGCAGCGGGGGCAGCAGCCACCCCUCGGAGCUGUCCCCGCCCGACUACAGCAUGGCGCUCUCCUCCUACAGCCCCGAGUACGCCAGCGGCGCCCCGGGCGGCCUGGAGCACCACCACCAUCACCACCACCAUCCCCACCACUACGUGGGCGGCGGCGUGGCCCCUCCGGGCAGCGGCGGGGGCCCUCCCGGGAUGUCCGGAGGCGGAGGAGGAGGAGGCGGCGGAGAGGGCCUGCUGGUGGGAGGGCCGCGCCCGGUCAAGCGCCGCGGGACUGCCAACCGCAAGGAGCGGCGCCGGACUCAGAGCAUCAACAGCGCCUUCGCGGAGCUGCGCGAGUGCAUCCCCAACGUGCCCGCCGACACCAAGCUCUCCAAGAUCAAGACGCUGCGCCUGGCCACCAGCUACAUCGCCUACCUCAUGGACCUGCUGGCCAAGGACGAGGCCCAAGGCGAGGCCGAGGCCUUCAAGGCCGAGAUCAAGAAGAACGACCUCAAGGAGGACAAGCGGAAGAAGGAGAUGAACGAAAUUUUGAAAAGCACGGUGGGCAGCAACGACAAGAAAACCAAAGGACGGACUGGCUGGCCGCAGCACGUUUGGGCUUUGGAGCUCAAGCAGUGAGGGAAUCGCAUCGGAAGAGGAGGAGGAGGAGGAGGAGGACUCUCGUGUUGAUGUUUUGGACUCGUCUGGUUUAUUUAUGUGCAAUUUCCCUCCCCCUUGUCUCCCUUUGCAAGAAGAAGGAAAAGAAUCACAAGCAAGGACAUGUGGAUAAUCUGGGAAGGAAAAAUUAAAAAAGCAUUCCGUCUUGGAGCAAGAGGAAAACGGCGGCGGGGUAAGAAAAGGGGAAUGUGGUCUCUCCAAAAGAUAGUGGUUGAAUUUGCCUCUCUUUCCCCCUCCUGCUCUGAAUGUUUCUUUUCUUUGUAUAGGACACACACACACACACACACACACACACACACACACACGAGGGGGGAUAGUCCCGAAGGCAGUCAUUCGUUUGCUAUGUGAAGUGUAUCUGUUGUAAUCCUCGGAGGAAAGUGUUUGGAAGGGGAGAUCCAUUCAAAAUCCUCUCUUUCCCCACCCCAAAUGUCUGUGUCUUGGGUUGUAGAUAGGACUUCAGUGUUGUGGUCGCUCUCUAGUUGGAAGAGAAACAAAAAAGAUUCUCUGAACCGCUCUUUGUUCAUUCAUUCAAUGUGCACUUCGAUCCUCUUGGGGGAAAAAAAUUAAAAACAAGGAUCAUGAUCAUGGUCAUUCAAUGUGGAGUCGAAUUCAUAUCGAAAGGUGUAAACCCUGUACCUACUCAAUAAACCACUGUGUGUGUUAUUUUUUACUAAAAAA